AUGUCGGAGGAGUUACCAAAGAGGCUUUUUAAGGAGGGCGAAGAGCCUCAGGUGUCUCAGAUCAAUAACAACUGCAGGAUCGACUACAUAAUUAAGAAGUUCACAGCGUGGAUGCCAAAGGAGCUGGAUGUUGUGAAGAAAGAUCCGGUGUUUGCUCAGAUUUUUAAGCUUCAUGAAAACGGUCUCGGGUACUCGGCGAGAGUGGUACACAGCUUCUUGUGCAGGGAGCUGGUGACUUACAAGCUUCACGAGCUUUGGUUUGUCUUUGCGAGGAGACCACUUCGAUUCUCACUUCAAGAGUACCACGCAGUAACCGGGUUUGAGUGCAACACGAGUAUCUCCCUUUCGGAGUUUGAAGAGUGGAAAUUUGAUGGUGGUUUCUGGAGCAGGGUUUUGAGGAGGAAAGACGAGACAGUUACACUCUUCGAUCUGUGGAAUAAGGACAAGGACUCUGUCAAGAAGUGGAAGAAUGCAGAUCGCAUACGGCUGAUCUACCUUGCCUUCAUUCUUUGUGUCGUUUUAGCGAGAGAUGAGAAGCAGAAUAUCCCUCUCAAAUACAUCAAGGUGGUCAUGGAUCUUGAGAAGGUUCGAAAGUAUCCUUGGGGAGUUGCUUCUUAUGAUCUUCUCUGCGAGUCAAUAGCCAAGAACCGCUACAAACUGAAGGAGAAGACAAGUAGUUAUGUUUUAGAUGGAUUCUCCUACGCCUUGCAGAUUUGGGCAAUGGAAGCUGUACCAAAGAUUGGAAAGCUUUGUGGUAAGAAACUGGACAAAGCUUUUGCGGAUGGUCCUAGAUGCAUCAACUGGAUGGGAGCUGGAAAGGUGUCAUAUCAAGAGAUCAAUCGGUUGGAGGAGAUUUUUACAGCUGAGGAUGACAUGUAUCCAUUCAUCUCAUCGACAGGGAAUAUGGAUAUUAUCCAGAGUGUUGAUUUCCGCAGAGAUGAUGUGGAGGAUGAAAGAAUCAAGGGUCUGAUGGAGCUGAUUUCCGCAAAGAAUGACUUCACUCAGCAUGUUUGGGAUUUCGAAGAAGCUGUAGAGGAAUCUCUAGAUCAGCCUGGUGAAGAGGGAGUGAAUGAUGAAGCAGCUGAGACAGAUGAGAGUGAUGAAACUUUUCAGACUCCAAGAGGAUCAACGAGCCUAGGCGAUACAUCAAAGCAGGGUAAGAAAAGGCUUCCAGAUCGUGGUAUGGAAAAAAGGAAGCAUAAGGUUCUCAAUGGUGGAUCGAAGCAACCAUCUUUUAAUGAAGACAUGAAGACUUUUAUGGCGCAGUUGUUUGAGCAGAGUAUCUCUGCAAUGGAGCAAAGGAUGGAGAAGAAGAUGGAUGAGAAAUUAGAGCAAUUGGAACAUCGGCUAAAAGCUCCAACUAAGGAACCCCGCGUUGAAGUUGAGGAUGGAGAGACGCCUUCUCCGAGCAAGACAACGACGACCCAGCAGCCAUCGUUGAGGAGGUCCACACGCGGGAGUCCAGUGGAUCUUAAUUUCACUCAAGAAGAGGCUAGCUUUCGUGGAAUCAGUACGCAAGGCGUCGAAGGGCUUUCUCAGGCGUCUCAUGUGACCGACUUUGAUCCAUCUCAGACAGCCAAGGCAGAUGACUGGUGGACUCCAAUGACUUCAGUUCGAGGUUCGAGCAAGGCUAAAGCUCGUAAAGACAAUACAGUUCAACCCUCACAGUGGAAGAAAUGGUCUAGACUUGAGCUUACCGAUGAAGAUUUGCCCCAAGAUGGUUCUCCGCAGUCGUCGCUGUAUUAUUUCUCUGAAGAAUCAUGGCAAGGAUUCCACGAAUGGUCUAUGAAGCCCGUACCUUUACAAAUAGGUCCUUUGUGUUUCAAUAUGACUGUCGCACAAAGGAUAGUAUGCGCAGGAAAAUGGCUUGGAAACGAGGUAAUCAUUUGUUUCAAUAUCUUCAUUGCACAUCUUCUUUGCUGCAACUUAUAUUUUUUUGUGAAUAUUCAGGAAAUGGAUGGCUUUAUGUUUAUAUGGCGAGUCAAGACAACAUUGAAGCGUUGGGCGCCAACCCGUGUUGCUUUUAUGACCGCUUUGUUCUGCCUCCAACUUGAAGCUGCAUACAACGUUUUCCAUCCCGACAAAAAGUCCUAUAAACUGCCGGAAUUCCUUCUAUCAUACGGGAGAGGAGAGAUUCCAUCUCAUGGGCGGACUAAUGAAGUUUGGGGCGUCGAUGUUGAUCGUCUCUACGGUCCUCUGUUUGUAAAUGGUAACCACUGGAUUGCUGUCUGCGUCGACAUCAUUGAAAGAAAAGUGUUCGCCUUUGAUUGCGGUGGGAAUAAGAAUAGGCAAUACGUUGAGAAGUUUGCUGCUAUGAUUCCUAGGAUAGUGAAGGCCGUUGCACCACCUGGAUCGAGGAAACUACACCUGUCACCAUACACUAUCGUCGAUGUGCCUGUGCAAAAGAGAUUGAACAAGUCUUGUUGUGAUUGCGGUGCGUACGCACUCAAAUACUUGGAAUGCCAUCUGCUUGGUCUCGACAUCAACUUAGUGAAUGACGAAAUAAUUCAAGGUUGCAGACAGAAGAUUGGCGUGGAAUUAUGGGAGGCUACACACGAUCCUGUUUAUGCGGAGGUUAUGAAAACCUAUGUGCCUUCACCAUGGGAGAGGUCUGAGGUCUUCGAUCUGGAAGAAGACUAA